AUGUCUUCAGAGAAGGCUCGCGAUCUGGAGACUCGCGAUUUGGAAACCCCUGAUACUGCUGGAAAUUUAGUUGAGGAAUCAAAACUGGUUCCUAGGGUCACUGAGGGAGGGAUAUGGAGACUUGGUUCCAAGCUUGGAAAGUCGUACAGCUGCACAUGGUAUGGCGUGCUGUUCAAUUUUAUUAUCAGUACCACUGGUGACGUCUACAUCUCGAUCUUCAACGAUAAUGGAUACCCCGUCAUCGCGACUGUCAUUGACAGUUUAUCGAAGGAGAUUGUAGCCUCCGGGAAUCUUGGAUUGUCACAACACGAAGCCUAUCAGAAAACCAGCGCCAAGGCCGGAGACGUAUACACAUUUAAAGUUCAGUCUUAG